AGUGUGCUGCUUUUGUUUUUCUAGGGAUGAUACUCCGCACAUCCCCAAUGAGAAGCUUGGAGAAGAGAAGGUUCUACAAAUAAUACAAAAUCUGACUUCUCUGAUAAGAGAGGCAUUUCCAGAUACUAAAGUCUACGCAGCAAUGGGCAAUCAUGACUUCCACCCCAAGAGUCAGCUUCCAGGGAAGGCGCACAGGAUGUACAACGAAACAGCUGAACUGUGGCGUCCCUGGCUGAACGAUUCUUCCGCUGCUCUUUUCAGAGCAGGAGCUUUCUACAGUGAGAAGCUGCCCAGCCCAGGGACAAGGGGGCGAAUGGUUGUCCUCAAUACCAAUCUGUACUAUGACCAGAACAGAGAGACGGCCGAUGAGGAAGAUCCCGGAGGCCAGUUCCAGUGGCUGGAAGAAACACUGACCAAUGCCUCUGGAGCAAAUGAAAUGGUCUACAUUGUGGGGCAUGUCCCUCCUGGCGUCUUUGAGAAGAAACGAGGCAAGGCCUGGUUCCGGAGUCACUUUAAUGAGCGAUACUUGAAAAUCGUGCAGAAGCACCACCAAGUGAUUGCGGGGCAGUUUUUUGGGCACCAGCACACGGAUGCCUUUCGGAUGUUUUACAGUGAUACAGGUUCUCCCAUCAGUGUCAUGUUCCUGGCCCCUGGAGUGACUCCCUGGAAAACAACACUAGCUGGAGUGGACAACGGAGCCAACAACCCUGGGAUUCGGGUGAUCGACUAUGAUCCGGACACCCUCCAAGUGCUGGAUGUGGUGACUUACUACUUGAACCUAACUCAUGCCAACACGGGAGCGGAAGAGUUCCCGGCGUGGGAGGAGGAGUACAGGCUGACAGAAGCCUUCCAGGUCCCUAAUGGCUCUGUGAGCUCCAUGCAGACGGUGCUGGAGAGGAUCUCAAAGGAUCCACGCUACCUGCAGCAGUACUACGAGUUUAACUCUGUCAAAUACGACCUCAGCCCGUGCGAGGGGGCGUGCCGUGUUGAUCAAGUUUGUGCCAUCAGGGAAGUUGAUUUUUCGAGGUACAAUGAGUGUGUUAAAACCAGCAGCUCUGCCUCUGCUGUCAUCAGUGUUUGGCUUUUGUCAUUCUGCUUGCUCUUAGGGCUUCUCAGUCCACAGCAACCGCUGCAAUGA